AUGAUUGCCUUGAUUUCAAUCUUCUUCGUCUCUUUCUUGACUCCUGAAGUCUCCGCUGUGAUCGGUGGUGACUUGAAUUGUACAACAUACAACGGAACAUUCUUCGUUUGGACUCCAGCAGCUGUUGGGUGCAACAACGUCAUCUCCGACUCCUCAUGCGCUAUCCUCUACCCAACUACUGAUGCAUUGGGACUCCCAGCUGCUGGAAACAACGCUGGAAGACCACUUGCUUGUUACACAACGGCUACCGCCACCCCAGCCGCCAUUGUUCCAGACAUGAAGACCGCCGCUUUAGCUUCAUGCCCAAAAACUUGCGGAUUCUGUUGCAACACCGAUGCGUACAACUGCAAGAACGUUGACUUCCCACGUCUCAACUGCGCCACCAUCACCAGAUCCCAAUGUGACUCUGUCACCUGGAGAACAAUCAUUGCCGCCGACUGCCCAUCCGCCUGUGGAUUCUGCGGACAAGGAGGAUGCGUCGACGCUGUCACCAACUGUGGCAACGACUUGAGCAUCUGCCAAAACGUCGGACUCCAAUCUUUCGUCAACCAGUACUGCCAAAAGACAUGCGGUAGAUGCCCAUCCACCACCACAUCUGGAUAUGGAGGUAUCACCGGAGGAACCUGCUCGUCUUACAUCGCCGAUAGCUCAUCUAGCUGCUCCGCCUGGGCUUCCAACGGAUUCUGCACCAACAACUUCUACACCUACGCUCAACGCAGAGCAAGAUGUGCCACUACAUGCAGACUUUGCUAA